AGUGCAUUCACAUGUAAAUUGACUUGGCCCGGGAGGAUACAUGAAUACAAGAGCCCUUUCUUCCCUCUGCCACAGCAUUAGGGAGGAAUAUGGUGAGCGAAGCAAAGUUUCCUCACCUCCAGGCUGCAAUUCUGCAGUGAAGGAAAAGCAAGUCCAUUGUUUCCUCCUGCACACAGAUGCUGGCUGUGCUGUUUUCAGCAGUCUCGUUCAAGCGAGCCAGAUCAGAACAUAAAAGCAUGUUACAUAUCCCAGGGACAAGAACACACAGGCAAACGUCUUAUCGGCUCUGUUUUAUCUGUUGUAAGAGCAAGAGGUAAAUUAAUACGAGUUUGUAACUGUGUCUGAUGGUUUGAGACAUGGUCCUGCCCCACAUUCCCAGGGUCAGACCUGGUUUGGUAGUAGAGGAUUCCUGAGGGUGAGGAAAAAAAUUAAAAUGUGAAGCUGGAGAUGAGGAAAGGGCACAGAAAUACAGGUGCUCCCAAAACAAGAAUCUCUGGGAUAAAAGCAGGUGGAAAUCUGCUCCUUGCCAUAUGUCAGCCCCAUAUCUUGUGAUGUGUUGCCACAGAGUGAGCACAAAAAGAGUGCAACACUCUCAGUCACCCCGUUUCCAGCCUGGGACCCUCCUUAGCUGCUGUUCCCCAAUUGCCACCACCCAGCCUGAGCUUUCCCGUGAUUUUGACGACACCCAGCCAAAAGAUGCCGAUUUCCUCUGCAGCAUCACACGUGUUCCAGCCCCACGGGGAAACAAAACACACUGACAAAGUGAAAACGGGCAGCACUUUGGGUUGAGGCACCGGGGUUUUGUUUGCCAGACACAAGGAAUGGAAAUGCUUGUGCAGAUUUAUAGACUGAGAGCCGUGUGACUCACUCUGUGUGUUUUAGGAAGGAGCAGGUUGAAACGGGUGUCCCCCAAGGAAGCAUCCCACAGCUUGGUUCUGCUCUGGAAGCACAGGGAUGAUAGCAUAGGGUUGGCAGUGUAUCCUCGGGGAAAACCCGCUUGCCAACAAAACAGGGAUGAAUUAGAGCACUAAAACUUUGCUGUUUCGCUAUGUGAAACCUCCAGCAACCCAACAGCUCCAGGAGCCCCAGCACCGACCGCUGCAGCGGCUGAAAGCAGAGGCCCUGGCUCUCUGCACCUCAGUUCUCGUUCUGCACCCCAAACUUUGCACCUGGGACAGCCAAGUGUUGCAUCCUGCCGAUAUUUUGAGUUUCCCCCAGUCUGGCGCCCCGAAGGGAGCGGAUGGAUGAUCCCCCCGCUCUGCGCAUAGUUCCGAGACAAGAGGCGAAUACAAUCGCGUUCUUUCCGCUGCCGUUUUCCCGGUCCGCGCCGGGACCGCGGUUUGGAGCCCGGCCCUGGCCGCGGGGCUGCUGCAGGAAGCCGCGGUGCCCCUUCCCCCGGCGGCCCUUCCGUUACGAUCGUUACCGGGCUCCGGGCUCCCGCCGCCCUCCCUCCGCUCCGCGCCGGCUCUCGGGGCCAGCGGCCGCCGCUGCCUUUGUGCCCCGGCCCGGUGCGGUCCCUCCCCGCCUCCCCGCCGGAGCCCUGCGGCGCAUGCCUCCCGCUCCCCGGGGGCAGGGAAGGAAGCGCCGCCCGCCCCUGCACCAGCGCGGCGGGCAGCGGCGGAGCGGAGCCCGGCGGAGCCGACAGCCCGGCCCGGGCGCCGCCGACCCCCGUCGCCGCUGUCGGCCUCCUCUCGGCAGGAUGGAGGAGAGACCGGUCUGAAAAUCUGUUCCAUCGUGGACUUUGCUGUGGUCUGCUAGAAUGUUCCUUAUGGAUGCUCCUCCUCUGGUAGCUCUUCAGACAAAAUGGGAGUCCUUUGGACCAGCAAGGAAUUGUAGAUACCCCGUUUGCUUCCCUGAAUCCGACAGCAACGUCACCAGAACCUCCGUGAGCGCCAAAGUUCAGAUGAUCAUAAACAACCUGCAAAGCCAAGAGCCUGCCCUGGGUAUGAACAAUGAGUGUGGCUGUGUUAUGCAGAAAAAACAGAAGGGAGGAAAAGGCACCAGUACCAGAGUCACAUCCAGCACCACGCUGCUGCAGAAGCAUCCUCAGUACACCCAGUGUGGGUGCCCUGAGGAUUCUGAUGGCAGCAAAGUGGAAAGGAAUGUAGAGUUUGGGACUCUGCUGCUCGAUUCUGACAGUGAUGAUUCUGUGGACCGAGGUAUAGAAGAAGCCAUCCAAGAGUACUUGAAAACAAAAAGCAAAAGUGCCCAGUCCUUGCCAAGGAAUGCAGAGCGUUCUGAGAAUGUGAGCAGAGACAAAAGGUUUAAGAGAGAGUUCUCCCAGAACAAAGUGGCGAGUAACCUCCUCCCUGUGAAAUUUAAAGCCGAGAUGCUCUCCGAAGAGUACCUGUCUGACCACCUGGGAAUUGGGAAAAGGCUUCAGCCUGCUUCCCCUCAGAGCAUCAGCAGCGAUGACUCCUUUGAACAGAGCAUACAAGCUGAAAUAGUGCAGUUCUUGAAUGAGAAGAAGCAGCAAGAAAUUAGCAAAUGUGAUACCGAGGAGGAUAAAAAAGAUUCCCGUGUGAGAUCUGUCCUGAAAUGCAACAAAGAAGCAACAAACAGAACAAGCUGUGGUGCUAUAAAGCAAGGUUGUAAUGCACUGCUGCUGAGACACCAUCCCAAGCUGCAGAAAUCCAGUGCCCAGUCCAAGUGCUUGCAGUCAAAAAUCCAAGCAGAGCCCAGUGAUUUCAGCCAGGUGAACCGAGCAUAUCUAGAAAUGGCCACUGCCAGCCAGCCUUGGCUCGUGGAGCAGAAUGAGGGAAGUGGAGCUCAUCACUGGGAGCCAAGAGAAGCACUCAGCAAGGAGAGCAUGCACACAUCUGACUCGAGCAGCGAUGAUGGCAUCGAAGAAGCCAUUCAGCUUUACCAGCUGGAGAAAAUCAGGAAGGAGGCAGGUCAUGCAGCAAACUGUGUCCCUUUGCAGAGGGAACCAUUUGAUCCAAAGGGUAUGGCAGACAUUUCUGCCAGCCUGACAAUUAGCUCCACAAAAAGUGCCUCACCAGAAAUCAAUAAAAACCCUAUAAGCAACAAGAGAAAAGAAGUUAAUUCCAAGUCAACAGGAUUAGAAAGCACCAGCAAUGACUUUAAUAAGCUGUUUAAACCACUGAAAAAAGCCAGACAUUUUGCACUUCCAGAAAACAAGAUUACUGCUUGUGAGCUCACAUUGCAGGCCUCUUGCAGAGCAGACACAUCUGCAGAACUCAUGUGUGCAGAAGCUAUCCUGGAUAUUUCCAAAACAAUCAUGCCAUCCCAAAUGGGAAGUGACAAUAAAUCCCUCACUGCAGACUCCUUCUUUUCUCCCCAGCUUCUUUCGUCCUCCCGUUGUGAAAGUGACAGCAGCCUUGUGGACAGUGAUGACAGCAUAGAGCAAGAAAUCAGGGCUUUUUUGGCUCUGAAAGCACAGUCAGAAAACCUUGGAACAAAACCUCCCAGCCUGUCACGCUCCAUCCAGAUGCCUUUGCCUUCUGAUCCAAACAGCCUCACCGAGACCCUUGAGCCUGCUCUGCCCAAAACACUGAAAUUAUCCCUGAGUCAGAAAAGGAGACUUAAAAGGGAAGGCAGAACAGCAAAACAAGGAGGGUCAAAACUACCUGAACAGCUGGAGACAGGACUUUUCCAGCCAGGUAACUAUUCCAAAUUCCCAGGGCUCCCAGAGGAGCAUGCCCUGAGCAACCCCGCAGAUGCACAGAGUAACAAAGAGCCGAGGCAGCAGCAGCUGAUGUCUCCCAAAUUGUCUGACUCUGAUGGCAGUAGAUGUGUGGCCUUGGACUCUGCAAACCCUUCUCUGCAGGUUCAGAGUAGCACAAGAAAACCUAUAAAAAACCCCAUCCAAACCCCAGAGAGGGAGGGGUCAGGUGAUGAGAGCAGCUCUCUGGACAGCGAUGAGGACCUGGAUUCUGCUAUCAAGGACUUGUUACGGUCUAAAAGGAAGUUAAAGAAGAAAUCCAAGGACCAGAAAGCUCAGUGCAAGAAGAAAGUCAGAUUCAGUGAGACAGAAACUCAGCUGCUGGAUGAGUUCAGUGGCCUCCAGCAAAAUGAGUGGAAAUGUAAAAAUCCCUCACUGCUAAAAAGCUGCCUCUCGAAACCUAGGAAAGCUGUGAGGGAGAAUGCAGUCAGGAACCCUCCAGACAACAUCAAACUUCCCAAUGACAAGCCAGAAACCGUGAAAAACCAGGAGUUUAACUUACAGCUUAAAAAAGGCAAUAAACCUAAACCAGUUUCAAACCAGCGGGGGGCUAAAAAUAGAAAAUGUGCUUUCCCAGCUGUGUCAGACGCCAGUGACAGCAGCUCAGUGGACAGCGAUGACAGCAUCGAGCAGGAAAUCAGGAGAUUUUUGGCAGAAAAGGCUAAAGACUCUGCAAGCAAUUCAGAGAUGCAAAAAGGUGAUGCAAGUCUGGACUUACUUAGAGCGACCAAACAAACUGGUAAUAAAGGAAAAGCAAAGCAGCAGCCGGUGGAAAACGAGAUCAACCUCGUGCUGGGUCAGAGUAAAAAGGCUGAGGUAGCUCAGCAAACUGAGGAGGUGAAGAACUCUCAGAGAACAGAAGGGAAAAGUGCAAUGUUAGCUGGCAGUGGAAAAUGUGCUUCCUCUGCAGAGAAUGUUCCUACUACUGGUCAGUCAAAAGCUAAGCAAGGACUGGGGGGGGUCAGAGGUGGUGCUGCUGAGGAGUUACCUGGGAAUGCAACAGGUAAAAGGAAUGUCCAUAACACAGAGCCCCCAAAACCCAGCAGAAGUGAAGGGUGUAAAGUGAGAAAAGUCAUGAAUGCAAAGCCCAGAUCUAAAAGGAAGAAUACCUUCCAACUAAAAAUCUCAAGUAAAUUUAUUGCAGGUCUGAAAUACGCCCGGGACAGGAAGAAAUCAAUGCUUUUGAACAAAAAGCAGAAAGCAGAGUGUUUGCUCAGGCAGAGCAGUGCCUUGGGAAUGGAGGCAGCUUCCCAGGACACAGAUGUACUUAACCCCUUGCCAAAAGACAAAUUUAGUGGGGAAAUUGCACCAGCAAUAAAAGAAGCCAGUUCUUCUCAGAAACUCAUUGUGGGAGGGGCGAGUCCCCAUGUAGCAGAAACCUGUGCAGGAGCUGAGUGUCUCCAAGAGGCAGCUGAGGGUUGCAGGAAGGCUGAAGCUCCAGGGGAUCAGUCCCACUCCUGCCUUCCCUCACAGGAACAGAGUGUGGCAGCAGGAAAAGCUGAUAAGGUUUGCAGAGGAACCUCCAGAGCUGAGAACACCCAGAUGUGGAUCAAGGAAGGAGAUAUCCACCGAGACAACUGGGCUGACUCCACUGCAGAUCCCCCACACCCUGAGUGCAGUGUGGGAAAAGCAGAUAAAGUCAGCAGAGAGCCAGCUCAGCAGAGUGCUCAGGUGGACAGUAAGGGAGGGAAUAACCAGCUGGACAAGAGGCCAGAUCCCAGUUUAGCUUGCCCAAGACAGGAAUUCAAUGUGACAGCAGCAGCAGUGCAUAAUAGUGGAGGAGCAUGUGCAGAUAACAGUGUGCAGACGUGCAUUAAGGAAGAAAAAGUUGACAGGCAGGGAGAAGUUCAGGUAUCCAGCUCCAAAAUGGAAGGAAAAAUACCUGUCCUGCAGAACAGGGAAGCUGCUAGUGAAGUACACCAAGGGCAGGAAUUUUUAACCAAAACCUGUGCAAAAUUUACUGACCUACCUGCAGGGGACUGCCCAGGUUCCCUCUUGGAAAAAAAGGUUUCAAAUAUGAGAAGAAAGGGAGGUUCUAAAGAAGCUCCAGGUAUUGUCUAGAGUCUGAUACGAGGAUCACAGCAAAUGGAAGAGGGUUGCUUGUUUAUUUUCAGAUGUUAGAUCUUUGAAAUGUUAACUUUUCAGGCCCAUUUCCGCUCAGUUUACUUACCUGUUCCAAUUUAUUAUUUUUGGUGUGUUUGCAGCACAGGGGGAUCUACCCAGCUCUUACCACGUGCCACAAACAGGGAAUGUUUCUGACAUGUGAAGAGUAUCAGUUGCAGUGGUGUUUGGACGUAAUGUUCCGCUCAUUAUUUACAUUUUUAGCAAACAGUUUGAAUAUUAUUAUGCUCAUUUUUAAUGUUCUGUUACACCUGUAAGGUGGCACUGUUUCUUAUCCAUAAACAGGCAGAGCAGUUUCUCUUAAAAACUCAUUUUUAAGCCAAAAAUGUUCAGGUGUUCUUUCAGUGCAGUCACUGGCCAACUGAUGCAGUUUCUUAGCCUGUACCUACAGUUGUUCCAAUAAAACUUAAAAAAAAAAUCUU